UUUUUUUCCUCUUCAAGCUCCUUAAUUUUGCCCAAUUCUUAGGUUCCACAUCUGCAAUUUGAGCUAGAAACACUCUUUAGUUGUUUAUGCUGAUUGUAUAUGAAUUACGCGAUUUGGGAUUUUGCUUUUACUCAGUAGGGGUUCCUCUAAACAGCCAUCUCAUUUUUCAGAUAUGGAAACCUGGAGAUUUCAGGCUCCAAAGAAGUUGGAAACCAGAAUUCCCCUGAAUCCACCACAGUGCUCAGUAUGUAAGCUUGGUUUUGCACCGCCCAGCGAGCCCCAGUCAGGGUUCAGUGUUGGAGGAGGACGUGGGCAGCAGAGCUGUUGUUUCCUUUGACAAUUCACAGCUUCAAGGAGUUUGUGUAAAGGCUGAGUAUCAACUGUCUCAUAACACAUCCAAUAAUGCAACCCAGAGAAAAUCUUUAGCUUUUUUUUUAACGACUGUGCUGGUUUCUCAAGGUGUAAUUGAAGAAGCAGCCUUUAGUUUCCUAUGAAGUAAUAUCUUAAUAAUAUUUCUUGCAUAAAAAGAACAAAUUAAAUUCUAUGCUCAGAGAAGUGUCCAUACUGCCUUCACAUGGGGGAUGAAUGUCUCAGUGUUUCUGUUGUUAUAUUAGGUCCAGAUCCAUAGGAUUGCAUCAAUACCUGCUGUAUACAACCCAUGUGUUCUCUCUGAAUUUGCUCACAGUGUGAUCGCAUCGAUUUUACAAGCCUGGCUCGAUCAAUGCUCCGAGGAUUUCCAAGAGCCGCCGAACUACAUCUGUCUGAUGAAGGUGCUGAAUUAUAUGAAGAGGAACAUACCUGGCUCUGAUCUGGAGAAGAGGGCGCAGAACCUCUUGGAGCAGUUCCAGAAAGAAGAACUGGAAAAUGAUGGUGAAGUACCUUUCUCUGUGUGUUGUCCCAGCGUCAAGCCUGGCACAUCCCCUUGUCCUGGUCAGAAAGCUUCCUGUGCCGUGAGCUGAAAAGUCAUAGGACCUCACGUAGUGUGUGAAUGAGAACUAGAAUCAACUUCCAGCUUUAGCAGAGGGGCGAGAAGGCAUAAGUUGUGUAAUAAGGAAUAAAGGAAAUGACAAAGAAAACCCAUUUCAUCCCAUGAAAAUCCUAUCUGCCAGAUGUUCCAGAAAUACCAUGUGAAUGCACAGUACUGUGAAAUAUCCAUCCGUGCCUGGUGCUGUCCUUUCCUGGGUUUGGUUCCCACGGACCACACCAGACGAGCUCAAAAGAGCUCUGUUUAGAUGCCUCUGGUGUUCCGAGUGUCCUGGUUUUGGUUAAGCAAGAGCAAAUGUCUUUGAGUGAAUUUUCCUUUCUGCUAAGUUCUUCUACAUGCAUUUUUCGCAAGUUGGCUGUGUGUUUUUCAGACCCCGUUGGCUCUGGAGCGGAUAACGGUAGGACUGGUGUGCAGAAAAGGCCCAGGUGUAGACUUAGUGCUGUGACAGCCAAGGCUGCUGAUAAAUUUUGUACAUCCCGUGAGAGGGGUGGACUUGCAGGGAGGGGUGGCCAGAACAGGUGACCCAAAGUGACCAGCUAAGUAGGUAUUCCAUGCCAUCCACGUUGUACAGCAUCUAGAACUGGGAGAUCACCAGGGUCUCGCUCUCUUCAUCCACGGCCAGCAUCUGAAGAGGACCCUGCCUGCGAUCCUAGGCCUGGUUCCAGGCCUUGCAGCCUUGAAUCCAGCUCUGGUUUACUGCUGAGUCCAACCAAGGGCAUCGCGGUGCCUGUCCUGCAGCUGCUGGAGCCAUGACUGACGGGUAUCACAGCCUUUCUCCCUGUAACCCGGAUGAUGACGAGGAGCUGGAGAUCAGCAGUCCAGAAGAAUUCUCAUUUUUCCAAGAAGAAAUUGUGGCAGAACAGCUGACAUACAUGGACAUGACGCUCUUCAGGGAAGUUGUGCCCCACCACUGUCUGGGCUGCGUCUGGUCCCGAAGGGACAGGCAGGAGAACAAGCACCUGGCAGGGAGCAUCAGAGCCACCAUCUUGCAGUUCAACGCCGUCACCAACCGUGUGGUCAGCACCAUCCUGGAGAGCAAAGAGCUCAAAACACAGAAAAGAGCCAAGAUCUUGGAGAAUUGGAUUCGUAUUGCACGUGAAUGCAGGAUCCUGAACAACUUUUCUUCCUUGAAGGCCGUCAUUUCCGCACUGCAGUCCACCUCCAUCUAUCACCUGAAGAAGACCUGGGCCUGUGUUCCAGACAAGGACAAUCUUGCUGUGUGCUCCUGAAGUCUCCCAUAAGCUGGUGGUUGAGAGAAGGAUGGGGAGCUCCAGUGAGCUCAGGGAGGACCAGGCAGCAUCACAGGCAAAGAAGACAGGAACUCGACUGGGUGAACGUUAAUGGAGUUUAUUGAUAGAAGAAACAGGAACGUCUCCCCCAUCUCUGGGCGGAUCACCGUGCACCCUGAACCGAUACAGGCAGGUGUAGUCCGGGUGGCCCCAGUUGCUCAGCACUUGCACCCUGAUCUAAUUCACGACUCCAGGGAGCUCGUUCUGCAAUGACAAGAAGAAAUGAGUCACCUUUUCCUCUCUGGCCCGUGAGCACUGACAGAAGUGCCACAGCGACGGCCUCGAUCAGCAGCUUCCUUCCUGCUGCCCCGUGGGGGCUUUUGACCUGUCAUGGUGCAGACGUUCUUAUCCUGGCCCAGGAUGUUGUAUCUAGGAUGUUGUAUUUUGGAUGCUAUAUCUAGGAGGUUGUACCUGGGAUGCUGUAUCCUGGAUGCUGUAUCCGGGAUGCUGUAUCUGGGAUGCUGUAUCUAGGAUUCUGUAUCAGGGAACCUGUAUCUGGGAUGCUGUAUCUGGGAUGCUGUAUCUAGGACGUUGCAUCUGUGAUGCUGUAUCUAGGAUGUUGCAUUUUGGAUGCUAUAUCUAGAAUGUUGUAUCUGGGAUGCUGUAUCUAGGAUCCUGUAUCUGGGAUGCUGUAUCUGGGAUGCUGUAUCUAGGAUUCUGUAUCAGGGAACCUGUAUCUGGGAUGCUGUAUCUAGGACGUUGCAUCUGUGAUGCUGUAUCUAGGAUGUUGCAUUUUGGAUGCUAUAUCUAGAAUGUUGUAUCUGGGAUGCUGUAUCUAGGAUGCUGUGUCUAGGAUGCUGCAUCUAGGAUGCUUUAUCAGGGAUGCUGUAUCUGGGAUGCUGUAUCCAGGAUGCUGUAUCGGGGAUCCUGUAUCUGGGAUGCUGUAUCUAGGAUGUUGUAUCUGUGAUGCUGUAUCUAGGAUGCUGUGUCUAGGAUGCUGUAUCUAGGAUGCUGUAUCUGGGAUGCUGAAUCCAGGAUGCUGUAUCAGGGAUCCUGUAUCUGGGAUGCUGUAUCGGGGAUCCUGUAUCUGGGAUGCUGUAUCUAGGAUGUUGUAUCUGUGAUGAUGUAUCUAGGAUGCUGUGUCUAGGAUGCUGUAUCUGGGAUGCUGUAUCUAGAAGCUGUAUAUAGAAUGCUGUAGCUGGGAUGCUGUAUCUGGGAUGCUGUAUCUCAUAAUCUGUAUCUGGGAUGCUGUAUCUAGUAAGCUGUAUACAGGAUGCUUUAUCUGGGAUGCUGUAUCUAAGAUGCUUUAUCUAGGUUAUCUGUAUAAAUAUGUGUACCCUGGACCAAUAAAGUCAACUAUG